AUGGAGUAUGCUACUGUCACUUCCACGGUGAUUUCCACGAUGACCACCACUAUCGUCCGUGAGAUCUCGCCUUCUCCCUCUUCUUCUUCCCCCUCGGCCCCGACGUCCUCCAAUGCCCCUUCGGGGUAUAUAUUGUGGAAGAAGGUGAAGAAGUUCAAGGCCAAGGAGCGCGAGCAAUAUCCCCUCCUGGACCGAAAUCCGGCCUCCCAGCCCGUCCCCGUUGUCGAGGGUCUGCCGUGUCGUCGCAAGACGAAACCUCCGCUGUGUCUCCCUGUCUUCAAGAGGGUUGCCACCAAGGCGAGCACAUGGACCACUGCGGGACGCAACAUUGGCUAUAUUGUUAAGGCUUGA